AUGAAUGCUCAAUCAUUUCGAUUUAUUUCAAAAACUUUAAAGGCAUCAAAAAACUUUAGUAGAGUUAAUAGUGGUAAAGCUACUUUAACCGCUGAAGCUUUUUCCAGCAAAUCAUCUAAUUUUGUUACUGCUGGUGCCGCUUCAUCAACUUCAAACUUUGCUUCAACCUUUUCAACCUCUUCAAGUUUUUGUACAGCUUCAACCUCAAAUGGUGGUUCAAUAAUCAAUAAUAAUACAGGCAGAAGCAGAACUACUACAAGCAGCAAUUCAAACUGCUCAGCAUUUUUAGAAAUUUUGUCAAUAGGUGAAGAUGAUGAUGACCGGUAA